AUGAGCGCUUGCCACAAAUCCGCGGUGCUACACUGUUUUGAAUGGUGGGCGCGUCGUACAGUAUUAACGACAUGGCAGUACCAUCCUAUUCUAACAAGAGUGUAUGCCAUUAAGCUUAUCUCGACUUACAUCCACGUGAAUCCACAGACCGAUGCCCUGGAGACCGCGGCACAUGCCCGCUUUAAAUUGUCUUUUCGGAGCCAAACUAUGGACGCCGCGCCAUGCAGUCGCACUCCAGCAACCCACCAGUAUUUUUUCUGCGAACCCCAGUUUACAGCUGUAGUUAAGCGACAUAUUAUACAUACCUUUAUGUAG